AUGCCUGCAAGUACAUCUCAGUUCAGCAGGGUAGCUUUUUUGACGCUGUUGGAGCGUCAUCUUUUAGGAGGGUCUCAGUGUCCUAUUGGUCCUAAUAAAGUAGGUUAUUCUGGUUUGCUGCAAGCUAUUUUUGAUGGUUUGCAGUUGAUUAAUAGGCCCGAAUAA